CGAUAUCUAGCUAAGCGUUAACCACUCUUUCUGGUUCUGGCUGAAUUCUUCCCACGGAAAAGCUCAUGCAGACCGACAUGAAUCAAUUGCCAGAAAGCUGCGUCUCCGCGAUCCUCUCCUUCGUGUCUCCGGCCGAAGCAUGCCGGCUCUCUCUCGUGUCCUCCACGUUCCUGUCGGCGGCCGAGUCCGACGUUGUCUGGGCACGGUUCUUGCCGUCUGAUCAAGUCGAUAUAGUCUCCGGUUUGGUCGCUCCCGUCAAGUUCUCUUCGAAGAAAGAGCUCUUUCUUUGGCUUUGCCGCCGCCCUCUUCUCGUAGAUGGCGGCAGAAAGAGCUUCAAGUUGGAGAGAUCAUCCGGAACAAUAUCGUACAUAUUCUCAGCAAGGGAGCUCUCCAUAAACCGGAGCGACGAUCCCGAGCAUUGGAUCUGGGAAACCCUACCCGAGUCGAGGUUCAAAGAGGUGGCUGAGCUAAGAACAAUCGAUCGAAUAGAAAUUCAAGGGAGCAUCAAAACCAAAGCCCUAUCCCCAAACACUCUCUACGGGGCGCACCUCAUCUUCAAGCUCUCCGAACAUGCUUUCGGGCUCGACCUGAUGCCCUUCGAGACAUCGAUCGAGAUGGGAAACCGGGUUCGACCGGGCACAGCUCAUUUGCAACUUCCUGAUCAGAAGAAACGCCGCCUCGAGAGAUUGAUGUACGCGAACCGGUUGGAAAUGCUUAGGAAGCACUGGGAGAUGGGAGGAGAUUGUCGAGGCGGCGGAGUACCGAGCGAGAGAGAGGAUCGUUGGAUGGAGGUUGAGGUUGGAGAGUUCUUCUUGAUGGGGGGUGGUGAAGGAUAUGAGGAGGUGAGGAUGAGCUUGAAGCAAGUGAAGGGCUAUCAACUGAAAGGUGGGCUUGUGGUUGAAGGCAUUGAAGUGAGGCCCAAAAGUUAGGUUAAGCAAAAUAGAGACGUGGAUGGGCCUUGUUUUGGUUAAUGCGCCUCUUUAAAGUUGGAAGUUAUGUGGCCCAUGACAAUGAUUAAAGGAAAGAGAGGAGGCAGUUCAUGGCAUGAUUGAUGCUGAAAUGAUUGAAUUCAAUCUUUGAUUUUUGCUUUUUUUCUUUGGUUAGAAUGGAGUCUUAGCCAGAUAGAGAUUCAUUUCUUAGUUUUCAAUGAAGUUCCCGUGCUUGUCUCUCUGAAGUAUAUCGAUACAUCGAUUCGCAUAGAUUUUUUUUAUUUGGAUGGGAAAGCUAG